AUGGGCAUGCGAGGCCUCGUGCGCGGGAUACCCACCCUCGAAACACCACCACUGCUUCUCUUUAUGCAGAGUGACGAGGCGGCUUGGUACUGGGGCCCAAUCGGCGCAGCCGCCGCCGCCGAGCCGCUACUACCCGCAACCAGCGCAGCCGCUGCGGCGUCGGCCGGGCCCGGCGCUGCCGCGUCAGCAUCGGCGGAUGCGGACGGGCCGGCUGUGGCAGCGGCGCUGUCGCGGCGCGUGCGAGAGGCGGACAGCCCGCUUGAGCUGCUGGAACUGGCACUUGAGGAGGGGCCGCGGCUGUCGCUGGGGGACGUGCGCCGGUUGCUCCUGAGGCUGUGCGAUUUCUACGAGUCAGGCGGCGCCUCUGGAUUUGCAACAGUGGUCGAGCCGCAACUGCUGUCAGCCCUUCAGCAGCUCCAGCUCGCGGCGGCGGCGCGCCUGCAGCAGCAGCCGGGCGGCGGCGCCGCCGCCGGGGGCGCGCCGCCGCCCGCUGCAGCAGGCGAGGUGGCGAGCGUGGUGUGGUGCCUGGCAGAGUUUGAAGGCAGCUGGUGGGCGGAGGCAGCCGCCAGCCAAGGCGUCACCAGCGGCGCUGACGCGACCUCGGACGGCUGUGCUGCCGGCGUCGAGGGCCGGGGCGGUGGAUUCAGGCCCAGCGGGUUUGCGCGGCCGGAAUUUCUGGAGGCGGUGUCGCACUGGGUGCUUGGACUGGUCCAGGCCCCAACCAGCAGUGGCAGCAGCAGCGAUGGCAAUGGCAGAAAAUUCGGUGCCAAGGCGGCCAAGCCGCUCGCAGGCACCGACGGGGUAUCCAUGGUGUGGGGCUUUGGCCGGCUGCUCGGCACCUGCCUUGGCGCGGCCCCUGCCAUCGCAGCGGCGGCGAUGGACGAGCUGUGCCGCGUCGUAGCUGAUGACAUCGAUGCCUCAACAGCUGUGGCCCCGGCUGCGGCUGAGGACCUGACUGACCUGGCGGACGGCGUGGCGGCUGCAGGCAGGCGCUCGGCAGCUUCCGCCAAGCUCCUGGACGCGGUCGCGCACGAGGUGUACCGCCAGCUAUCCAACCGCCACAGCGGCAGCGCCGGCUUCCGGCCCUCUGACCUGGUCAAACUGGUCAACGCCUACGCGCGCGCCGGCUACGGCGACGGCAACGCGCCGCGCAUGCUGGAUGCAGUGGCGUCGUACGUGGUGCAGCGCGUUAGAAAGCAGCACCUCAACGCGGUCAGCCGCCCUGCCGAUCUGUCCGGGCUUGUGGCGGCAUUUGCAGACCUGCGCCACACCAGCGUCGCAGUGCCUGAGCUCAUCCGCGCAGUGACACAGCAGGCGAGGCGGGUUCCAAUUUGA